GCGUCGUAUAGAAAUGACGGGCGUUUCUGUGCUCUGCUCUCACUCUCUGCGCGGAAGUUUUUAAGUUGCAGUUAAAGAUUUUUUUCGAUUUAAAAAACAAGAAAUUCAUUUCAAUUUUCAUACGUUUGUUGGUCGCUUGAUUAAAUAGUUGUUUUGUGAAAGUUUAAGAUACAUUUCUUUUUUCUUUUCGUUUAAUGUUGUUAUUGUGUUAAAACUUUAUUAUUGUUUGUUUUUUUAAUUUUUUGUUUUUUUUUUCGGAGAAUAAUUUAUUUAAUAGUUGGAAAAGUAAAGUGUUAAAAUUAUAACUAAAAUAUUAAAAAAUUAAUAGAAAAUGUUUACAAAACGUUCUCAUCUUUUAAAUACACAUUUAAAUAAUAAUAACAACAAUAAUUAUACCAAUGGAAAAUGCAUGCAAAAUCAUGCACAGUGUAUGGAAACGUGCCUGCAAGUAGCCACUAAUGUAACAGAACAGAAACAUCAUGUAACCCGUGAGGCUAGAGGUAAAAAUCUCGGUUUAUGUCGUGGUUUCCGUGGCUGCACCGUCUGGCUGACUGGCCUCAGUGGUGCUGGCAAAACUUCCAUUGCCUUUGAAUUGGAAGCCUAUUUAGUGUCACGUGGCAUACCCGCCUAUGGUCUAGAUGGUGACAACAUCAGAACCGGUCUUAACAAGAACUUAGGUUUCACCCCUGCCGAUCGUGAGGAAAACAUCAGACGUGUUGGUGAAGUCGCCAAACUUUUCGCUGAUAGUGGUGUAGUUUCUAUUUGCAGUUUUGUCUCUCCCUUUGCCGAUGAUCGUGAGAUGGCUAGAAAAAUACACAAAGAUGCUGGUUUGAAAUUCUUUGAAGUCUUUGUUGAUACUCCUCUGUCUGUGUGUGAGUCCCGCGAUGUUAAGGGUUUGUACAAAAAAGCCAGAGAGGGUACAAUUAAAGGUUUCACCGGUAUUACACAAGAGUAUGAGAAACCCGAACAUGCCGAUUUGGUGGUUAACACUGAUGGUUUCACCAUUAAAGAAUCCACCCAAAAAGUCAUACAGCUUUUGGAGGAGGAAGGUAUAUUGCCCAAAUCGUUGCGCGAUGUCGAAAAAUUGCCCGAAUUAUUUGUGGCACCUUCCCUUAAAGAGGCCAUUUUGAAUGAAGUUAAGUCAUUGCCUUCCAUACCCAUUACCCAGGUAGAACUACAAUGGGUGCAAGUGCUAUCCGAAGGUUGGGCUUAUCCUCUUAAGGGUUUCAUGCGUGAAGAUGAAUAUCUACAGACUUUGCAUUUCAAUUCGAUCUUAAGUGAAGAUGGUGCCUUUAGGGAAAAUCAAUCAGUACCGAUUGUUUUGUCGGUAUCAACAGAAAAUAAAGAAAAACUAGAUGGUUUAUCGGCCAUCUGCUUGACCUAUAACGAUAAACCUAUUGCUAUUUUAAGAAAACCUGAAUUCUUCUAUCACCGCAAAGAGGAACGUUUGGCCCGUCAAUUCGGUACCACACAUCCAAAUCAGCCUUAUAUUAAGAUGGUUUUGGAAUCAGGAGAUUAUUUGGUGGGAGGUGAUUUGGAAGUUAUUGAACGUAUCCAAUGGAAUGAUGGUUUGGAUCAAUAUCGCUUGACACCUAAUGAAUUAAGACAAAAGUUUACCGAAAUGAAAGCUGAUGCUAUCUUUGCUUUCCAAUUGCGUAACCCCAUCCACAAUGGUCAUGCUCUACUCAUGCAAGACACUAAACGUCAACUGCUCGAACGUGGUUUCAAGAAACCCGUACUUCUUUUACAUCCCCUCGGAGGUUGGACUAAGGACGAUGAUGUUCCAUUGCCCGUGCGUAUGGCUCAACAUCAAGCUGUCCUCGAUUCGGGUGUUUUAAGUAGAGAUGAUACCGUUUUGGCCAUCUUUCCCUCACCCAUGAUGUAUGCUGGACCCACUGAGGUACAAUGGCAUGCUAAGGCACGCAUGAAUGCCGGUGCCAACUUCUACAUUGUCGGCAGAGAUCCAGCUGGUAUGCCUCAUCCCGAUAAGGAAAUGUAUCCCGAUGGUAACUUAUAUGAAGCCACACAUGGUGCUAGAGUACUUAAAAUGGCUCAAGGUUUAGAUAGCAUGGAGAUUUUGCCCUUCCGUGUGGCUGCUUAUGACAAGAGCAUUUCUCGUAUGGCAUUUUUCGAACCCAAACGCAAGGAAGAAUUUGAAUUUAUCUCAGGUACUAAAAUGCGCACAUUAGCUAAGACUGGCUCAAAUCCACCAGAUGGUUUUAUGGAACCUAAAGCCUGGAAAAUCCUUUCAGAAUACUAUCAAUCCCUAUCAAAGCAACAAUAGUUAACAGCUAACACUGCAACUACUUAUUAUUAAAAUGUUAUAAACUA